UUUGAAAGAUGGUCAAAAGAAAUGUAAUAUAUAAAUAAAAUAAAUGGAAUUGAGUAUAGUAUAUAAAUCCCUCUCCCCUGUCAUCUUCAUUAUCAGGGUUUGUUCGUUUAUUUCUUCAUCAGAAAGUGCUUUUGUGUUCCAUGGCUUCAAUGUCUCUUAGAUUCUCUCCCAAUAUCUCUUCACUCACAAACGGUGGAAAUCUCUGGCGAAGCAAUCAUUCCAACAAGAAUUUUUCCUAUGGAAGUUCUUUUGCACCAAAAACUUCAAUGCACCAAAGGAAAAAUGAAAUAGAAUAUAACCUUUCGAAAUUGCAACAACCGAUUCUGAAGAAUCAGUUCAAAAGUGUUGAAGGAGUGUCUACGAAUGAAGAAAACAACAAGAAAUAUAUUCCCAAAGCAAUCUCCAAAGAAUCUUUUGGGUCUGAGGAAUCCAUUGCUUCUGAAACAAAAGACAUUGUUGGCUCUGUCAAACGUUUCCUUGUUGCCUUAUAUUGGUUUGUCUAUCCUUACACAAUGUUUGGUCGAACAUUAAGCACGAUUUCUGCAUCACUUCUAGCAGUAGAUAAACUAUCAGAUAUAUCAUCUCCUUUAUUUUUCAUUGGUGUAAUACAGGCUCUGCUACCUUUCUCGUUGAUGGACUUUUACGUUAAUGGCGUGAAUCAAUUGUAUGACUACGAAAUUGACAAGAUAAACAAACCAUUUCUUCCGUUGCCAUCGGGGGCAUUUUCCCUUACAACUGGUGUUGUUAUUACUGUUUCAUCUGCAAUCAUGGGCUUUUUGGCUAGCUAUAUGAUAGGUUCUUGGCCAUUAUUUUGGGGUCUUCUAUCAUUCUUUUUAAUAUGGAGUGGUUAUUCAAUUAAGGGUCCCUUCUUGAGAUGGAAGAAAAAUCCACUGCUUGCUGCAACUUGCAUAUAUACUACUUUGGCUCUUAUAUUUCCCAUUUCGUUCUUCUAUCACAUGAAGACUUUUGUGUUGAAGAGAGCAGUUGCCUUUCCAAAGCCACUGAUGUUCUUUGUUGCAUUCACAAGCAUAUACUCAUUGGGUAUAGCACUCUUCAAGGAUAUACCCGAUAUUGAAGGAGAUAAAGCAUUUGGCAUCCAAUCUUUUUCAACACGUUUAGGUCAAAAAAAGGUAUUCUGGAUUUGUGUUUCCAUUUUGGAAUCUGCUUUUGGAGUUGCCAUUCUGGCAGGACUAUCAUCUUCUCACCUUUGGGUUAAACUUGUCACGGGUCUGGGAAAUGCUGUUCUUGCUUCAAUUCUCUGGAACCAAGCCAAAUUUGUAGAUUUGAGUGACAAAGCUUCCAUUAGAUCCUACUAUAUGCUGAUUUGGAAGCUAUUGUACGUGGCAUACUUCCUCACGCCUUUAAUUAGAUAAGGAUAUGUUUGAAGAUUAAAGCAAUAUGUUCACAGUACAUUGAACAAAAUAAACGAUAUUUGUUUUGCUUCUAAAGUUAAUAAAACUGUCAAAAGUGUAGAGAUUUUUUUUUAA